CAUUUGUGGACCCAUCAUCUAAUAAGUAAUCAGCUAAACCAAGAAAACAAGAAGCUUCCUUCCCUCAAUUCAUUCACCCCUCUCUUCUCUCUUCUCUCUUCUCUACAAAUCCAAACACACACUUCUCACUUCUCUCUUCACAUCUUCUUCUUCUUCUUCUUCUUCUUCUUCUUCCAAUAAUGGAAUCACCAUGCACCACCGCCACAAGAUCCGACUCCACCUCCUCACCCGAAUUCGAGUUCUGGAUGCUCCGAAAUCCCUCCUUCCCUCAGCCCAAUCUCCACUCCGCCGAUGAACUCUUUGUCGACGGCGUCCUCCUCCCUCUCCACCUCCUCCCAUCCACAUCCGCAUCCACAUCCAAACCCGAUCCACCACCCGACCCGGAACAAAUCACAACCUCGGGAGACCCUGGCGCUUCCUCAUCAGCAGCCAUAAUAACGGAAUCUUCCACUUCCACCACUACUACUCUCUCCACAUCGAAGCGCUGGAAGGACAUUUUCAAGAAGAAAAACACAGAAAACAACGACACAGAAGAGAAAGAGAAAGACAAGGGGAAGAAGAAGAAGAAGAAAGAGAUUAAGAAAACGGGUAGCGGAGCGGGUUCUGCGGCGGAGCUAAACAUUAAUAUAUGGCCCUUCUCCAGGAGCAGGUCCGCUGGAAACGCCGUUACCCGACCCAAAUUCUUCGCCGGAGCUCCGUCUUCGACCCGGAAAGUGAACAGCGCGCCAUGUUCCCGGAGCAACUCCACCGGAGAUUCCAAGUCCAGGAAGUGGCCCAGCAGCCCGGGCCGUCCCGGAGUUCACGUGGGCCGGACAAGUCCGGUGUGGCAGGUCCGCCGUACCAAGAACAGCAACAACACCGCCGCGCAGGACAACGACGGCGCCGAAGCCAAGAAGAGGGAAAGUGCCGCGUGUCAGCGGAGAGGGACCAAAGCGAGGGUGUUGAAUCUGAACGUUCCGAUGUGCAUUGGUUACGGGCAGCACUUGAGUUGUAGAUGCGACGAGAAUGGUGGUGCUGUUAGUGGCACUACUAGUGUCCGCGGCGGCGAUAACAACGACGGUGGUAGUUGUAGCGGUGGUGAGGGUAGUAAUAAUGAUGGUGGAAGUGGGGUUAAUCUUUUUAAUCUGCGCAACCUAUUCACCAAGAAAAGCAUAGUAACUUCUCACUAGUCUCAACAUUUUUAACUACGCCUAAGGUUAUCAAAUUUUUAUUUAUUACUGCUAUAAAAUUAAAGUUACCUUUUUAGACUUUUUUUUUGUUUAAAAAUAUUUAUAUAUGUACAAAAAGGUCAUAAUUUUUUUUUUUAAGAUAGUUAUAUUUAUAUUUAUAUACCGUCUGUAUGUAUUAUGACUGUUAUGUAAUCGAAAAAGUUCUCCCUUUCUGACUUUACAGGGUAAGACUUAGGAGUUAGCAAUUAAGAUUAGUUAGCCAAGCUUUUUUUUUUUUUUUUGUGGUCUCCCUCGUGUAUUCUGAAAUGCUUUAUCAGAAUGUGUUUAUUAUUAUUAAUUAUUAAAUUGAUUAAAAUUGGGGUUCCAACUUUCCCCGUCCCGGUACCUCAUUUUGUGGGCCUCUUGAUGCUUUUAAUUUGUUGCUUUCGUUUUUAAUUAUGCUCUAUUUUUUUAGAGCAGAGGAUCUGCUUUUGGAGAUUGAGUGUGGUAGAGAAGAACAAGGGUUUAUGUUCUAUGAUUCUAUCCCCUCACCGGCUAUGUACUCAUUCGAACUAAUAUCUUCUUUUUUUAAUAUUUUAGUACUUGUCACCUUUAAUUCGAUCUUAAGGAAAGAGGUGUGCUUGCUGGGGAACAUUGUUCUUGGGAUAGAACUUGAAUAUUUGAAGAGAUAAGAAAGAACUACUUUUUCAUGUGGUAUGAAAUAGCUUAAAAUUCUCGUUGGAUAUGAUUAAGAUUAAGAUUAUGAGUUUCAGUGGGAUUGAAACAUUUGAUGUUUUAUCGUUUUCAGGAACACAAGUCUUGAUACGAUAUGACAUGUUUCGUUGUUAUUUUGUUUGCCCUCCUUUGUUUAUAGCCGUAUAAAUUAAUCCAAUUAGAAUAAGCUUAUAAUAUCACAUCAGACAGUGUCUGUUAUGCACCUUGCAACUUGUUUAUAGGACGAUGUUCCUUGUCAACCAUCUUGAUU